CUGAUCCAACUAUUGGUAAGCGUAAACAAACUUGUCAUUUCUCGGCUCCUGUACGGCAACUGCGACCAGUCGCCAAACUCAACACUUUUCUCCCCGAACCGCUCGUUCUUUUAACCGUCGUAUGAACCCGGAAGAGGACGUCUAAAGUCGGACAGAUUUCGCCAAAAGCCAAGAAAAAACAUGUCUGAUUCCAUUCUCCUUCUCCUCAUUGUCGUCCUCCUGGUGUGUUUGCUGGUGACACUGGUGGGCUUCCUGGUGUAUUCCGGCCUGCUGGCGGACGUGGUGAUAAAGACCGGGCCGCCCCCGGUUCCAAAUGUCACCAUUGCUUACAAGUUCAAAGAGGGACCGUACAACGAGAGCGGGGCGGCUUUCGCCGAGCCUUGCAGCAUCGGACCCAAGCAGAGAACCAUCACUAUCUACUACGAUGACCCCAAGCAGAAACCUGCGCAAAAGUGCCGCUACAUCGCAGGCAGCAUUCUGUGUGAAGGGGAAGAGAAGCCGGACGAAGAACUCCAGAAGCUCUACGAGAAGUUUGGCUUCAAGGUGUUCUCUCUGCCAGAAGUGAGCCACGCCGUGACCACCAGCUUCCCCGCCACGACACCGCUGUCGUACGUUCUGGCACCUUUCAGAGUCUACCCCAAGCUCACGUCCUACAUUGAGGAGAGGAAGCUGUCGGCCUUCCCAAUUAUUGAGAUUUGUGCGUCGGUUGUCACCCAUUACAUGGUGCCGCUGUCCCGCCAGACUGAUUUCUUUGUUCCGGAGGUGAAGGACGAGGUGAAAGCAGACGUGAAAGAAGAGGACUCUGAUGAAGACAGAGGAACUGACAUCACAGGUGCCGACUCCCACAGCGACGUGAGCUCGGGCAGCGGGGGGGCGCCCUGGGACAGCCGCGAGACCUCGCUGGCCGCCUCCACCGCCGCCUCCUUGGCCUCGUCCCUGCCGCUGAGGGACGUGAUGGACGCGGCGCACGGAGACGGCAAGCGCGGGAGAGACGGCAGCGAGCCCAGCUCGGACGUGUCGCUGGGCAGUGGCUCGUCCUUCGAGGAGCUGGGCGUGGCUCAGGAGGACGAGGAGCGGGAAGCGGGGGAGGAGGACGAGGAGGAGGUCCCUGGGGGCGGGGAUAGAGAAGAUGCUGAAAUUUUGGAGGAGGAGAAGAAGAGGGAGGAGCCUUUGGGGGGCGGCGGCGGCGAGGAGUGAUGAUGCAGUGUUCGUCUGUCACGUCAUCCUGACUCUUUUCAAUUUUCCCUCCUUUUUAUUGCACCUCAAUCUCGUAAAAGCUCAUAUUUACAGCUUGUACCUGAAGGCCUCGCUCAAUUCCCAGCGUUAGGCACACCUUCACAAUCCAAUGACAUCCAAGACAAGAUUCCUGGAAAAGGAUAAUCACACCACAUCUUUUCACUGUUGGCUGGGGGAGGGGUGGACGGGGGUGGACGGGGGGGGGUGUAUUUCAUUUUGUAUUCCAUGUCAAACACAAUAUUGAGAAUUAUGAGACACAUUUAUGGACAAUAUCUCCUCAGUCUUAACGGGGACCUUUACUCUCUUGGGAAUUUUGCCCAUCAUUCCCAAUCCUUAUAUGAAACAUCACAUAAUCACACGUGUAUCCCAAUGAUAGCAUUGUUAGCUAGCUUAUAUGAACUAUACACAGAAAAGGCUAAGAAAUAAAUUUUCAUGUUUCACAUAAAGAUUGGGAAAGAUGGGUAAUAUUCCGCAAAAAGUGCACUUCCCUUUUAAUAUAGUUGUGAUAUCAUAAAUAUUAACUUCACUCUUUGUUUACUGUUUUUCCUGGGGGGGGGGGUUACAUUUUCCAAAUAUUUCAACCUCAUUCUCAAAUAAUAUUCAUAACAUUUCCUUUGGUGAUAUUAUGACUUUAUUCUCAUAAUAUUGCAACUUUUUCCCUGCCUUAAUUUUCAAAAGAUGACAAUAUUUUGUUUAUUUUGUUUUGUAAUAUUGAAACAUUAUUUUCCUUAAUUAUUGAAAGUCUAUAGACAUAAAAAUGACAUAACUUUUCCUCAUAUUACAACUUUAUGCUCAUAAAAAUUGAGACUUUUUAUGUCGUACGUUUAUUUUCCAUUUCUGCUGUCUUUAUUUUUGUACAUUUAAUUAUGACUUCAUUUCAUAAUAUUUGGACUUUAUUCACAUUCUUUAUUUCCAUUUUAACUUUUUUCCAACCUAAUUUUUAAAAAAUUACAACUUUAUUUUGUUUUGUUUGUUUUAUAUUAUGCCUUUAAAAAAAUACAUAGUUUUUCUUUAUUAUCUAAAUGUAUUAAAAUUAUUUUUUUCUCAUAAUAUUCCAACUUUAUUCCUGUUAGAAUACAACUUUUUACUUUAAUGUUUUGACUUUUUCCUCCUAAAACUUAAUUCUGGGCUUGCUCCAUUUCUGCUGUUUUUUUUUUUUUUUAUAUUUUCCCUGUCUUUCAAUUAUUUUUUGUAAUUUUUCCUCAUAUUCCUGACUUAAAUGCAGAAUAUUUUAAUACUUUAUUCUUGUAACUUUUUUAACCAUUAACCCAACAUAAUUUUACAAUCUAUUUGUUAUUUUUUAAUUUCUCAUAAUAUUACAUCCUUUAAAAAAAUAGAUUUCAAAUAUUUAAACUUUACACUUUAUACUAAAAUGCUAUUUUUCCUCAGAAUAUUAUGAUUUUAUUCUUGUAAAAGUAUGACUUAUUACAACUUUUGUCUUGAUAUUUUCUCUUAUUGGGUCAUAGGAGUGUAAAGGUGACUAUAGGGGUGUUAUUUCAUGUCUGCAGGUCUCUCAUAAUGUUAAAAGGCAUAUUUUGAAGGUCAUAAAGGCAAACGGUUAUGCCAUAUCUCCAAAAACAUCCAUCCAUUCAUAAAUAAGGAAUCAUACUUAGCACAUUGGGGGGGGGGGUGGAGCCCACUCAGGAGGGAUUAUGAAGCCACGCUGACAUAGUAGACGGCGUCAAUCUACAAUAAUAAAUAUUUUUCUUUGUGUGGAUGUCAUGAGAAGUGUAGGUGGGUGUACCUAAUCAAGAGUCCAUUGACGUGCAGCACAUGCUUGUCUGUCAGAAUAAAACAUUUCAAUUCCUCUUUUCAAGACUGCUUUUCUUACGAAUGACUUGUUCCGCUCUCUUCGAAGUCGCCGUCUGUUCCGACGGGAGCGUUUGGAACAUGUUUAUGGUUGAUGUCAGGAUUCUUCUUCUCAGGUACUUUCAUUACUUGUGACAAGGUAUGCUGGAGCCUAUCCCAGCUGACUUCAGGCGAGAGGCGGGGUCCACCCUGGACUGGUGGUCAGCCAAUCACAGGGCAUUUAUUUUCCAUGACUUGUUACAGUUUUACUUGGGUCAUUUUCAUUCUUGUUUUUUUUUUUUUUUUUUUUUUUU